GUAAUAGUUCAUAAUACCGAGUAAUUCAUAUCGUAUUUAUCGUAGAAAUCCCUCUGGUCGGACGGCGUGUGCCUGCGUAAUCAUAGAAAAGUAUAUGCAAAUCCUGCCACAUAUAUAUAUCCCCGAACGAGAGGCAAAAAUCCCAUACAUUCAUAACACUCUCCUGCCACACGUAUAUGGUCAUGCUUGCUAUGGUGUGUUGCUAGCCUAUGCUCCGUGUCUUUGCUGCGACCCGCACUGCUUCAAUGGACCUAGAACAAGGCUAUGGCGCUUCAAGCGGACAGAACAGCAGGAGAGCUUUGCGGCGAACGGAAACUAGUUCGGCACAGUUGCAGACGACGAAUUCAGCAGCGACUUACAGCAGGGCUAUCCUAGGGUUCUGCCUCGUAUUGCUCGUGCUUGGUGUCCUGCCUGCUUCUUUCGUGUUGUGGACAUGUAUCUUGGUGCUAAUCAUCACUUGCAUCCGUGUGCGGGUGCACACACAACGUAUUCAACAUCCGUUUGAGCAGGAUGACCUGGUACCCACGGAUGCCCUCUCAAGCCGUGUCCUCCAUGCCGGAGGUCUAAGCGGUGUUCUAGCUGGCGGCCACGCGUUGGGUCAGGGCGUGGGCGCUGUCAUGCCCCACCCGGUCGUUCGGAUGAUCCCUGGGGGUGGCGGCGUUCUGGUAUUACACACCGACCCACGGGCCGCUCUGGACCUCCUCGAAAUGCGGCUCCGAAACCUGGAUGAAGAAGCUGAGUACAUGUUGCAACCGGGCAGUCAGCAACCGGCUCUAGCAGCUGGCGGCGCGCCCCGGCGACCUCCUGCCCUGGACGUGGACAUCGCAACGCUCCCGUGCUUCCCCUACAAGGCCCAUCGGACCCCACCAAUCGCCUCACCCUCAGUCAGGCCCCAGGGAGGCAAGCAGGAAGCUGCGGUUGCUGCGCCGCAGACCGAAGUCGCGGCGAGUGGCUGUUGUCCUACAGGCGAGGCUUGUGGUGUGAGCAGCAGCAGCAGCAACGGUUGCGGAGGAGCUGCGAGCGGCUGCAGCGGGGGCAGUAGCUGCAUCAGCAUUGGAGGAGUUGACGCAAGUCACCAGCAGCAGCAGCAGCAACACCUAGCAAAAGCCUUGGCAUCAGCAAGUAGCAGCGGCGGUAUAUGUAGCGCUAGCCACAGCGAGGCUAGCGGCAGCAGCAGCAGCCAACCCUGUGCUACGGCUGCCUCCUUGGCGAACGAGGACGGGCCGGAAAACGGAUGUGGGAGCGAGCUGACGUGUCCAGUUUGUCUGGAUAUGGUGGAGGAGGGCAGCCUCGUGAUGACGCUGCCGUGUCUGCACCAGUACCAUGCAGCAUGCGUGACACCGUGGCUGCGGCAGCAGGGCCUGCUAGCCACGUGCCCCAUGUGUAAGACGCCGGUCUUCCGUUAAUGGGGGGAAUGACCAUGCGGGAUUGGAACGGGUUGGGUACGAGAGGUGAUUGCCGAAGUUAAGCGGGCAUGGUGCGGGAAGCUUGGUGCAUAGUGCAUACAUGGGGGGGGAUUCUGUUGUGGUAAAGGCGGGUUACGACAUGGGCUGUAUCACCGGAAGUUGAUGGGGGUUUGCUUGCCUUGCCUGAUGGGCUGGUGGGCCAAGCAUUUGGGGCGGCGUGGGGCAAGUGGGCGCGGCUGUUUCCCGCCUGCAUCGGUCCGUUCAGUUGCUUACUCAAGUGCUGUGCAACCGGGCUCCUUCCGCUGGUCCGUUUUUGCCUUCCAUGUGCCUGCGUCUUUGUCCGAGCUAGUUAAUCCGGGUUACAUGCAUCACUAGUAAGAGUAAUUAUGCAGGGGAAAUCCAUAAGUGAUUUGUAGUGUGCGACGGGCUGUGGUAAGCGUUCUCGGGCGCUUGACUUGUAUGUAUUUACUGCCAUCCCUGUAUGCAAAGGACAUUGCUAAUCUCGGGACAAAUAGGUCUUAAAAGGUACAACACUGCUGCGCAGGACGUGUAAGUGAAAUGGCCGCCCGACGCUCUUUGAACUUCGGCAUUGUGAAUUGAUUUGCCGUACUAGUAGUGGCUGCAACAUCUACAUGUGUUAGGGUCACAUAUUCAGGACGUAUACUCGCGAAACAUAUGUUUUGAAGUAUGGGCGUGAUGGGCGUCUGAAUAUUCUUGCUGGUCGGGGUAAUAGCUCUAAAGGCAGGUCUAAUGUUUGUGGGGAACGCGUGAAACCAUCCAUUCUUGAGGGUGAUAUGGCAAUCUCCUUUCCUCAUGGUAGCGGUGAGGCGCUACGUGCAGUGCAGGCGACGCCUCGAGGCGUGCCCCACGACGCGCUGUGGUAGUAGGUAGUUAGUGGACGCCACAUUCGUGAUUGAGGCUUCGAGGCGGUGAUAGCUAAGGCAGCAUUGACCUAGCGGCAUGCGCUUCUACUCUAUUGGCUGUGCGGCCCGCUGGUUACGCACACUCUGUAAGUGUUACCGGUAUGACGUGUUACGGGUAAGCGUCACAUGCUACUGCUGCACACCAAUACGACGUUGGUACCAGCCCUGUCCUUGCUUGAGAACCCAUUUACAUCCCGACCAUUGAUGUGGUUUGAUACGGAGCGAC